AUGGAAGAACUCCCUGAGUCAAUCGGCCAUCUACGUCAACACCCAGACAACACCCUGGGAUCGGGACUCCGAGUUAAAUCCUCGAAGACCUCUGUUGCCCAGAGCCAACGGGACUACCGCUCCGCUACAGAAUUCAUUGAGUGUGGCUAUGGCGACUAUGCCGGUGAAAAUUUGGAUUGCAUAAUGGCCACUUGGUCACUUCAUUUUGACGUCUCGACCUUUAAAAGUGAACACUCUGGAUCGAGGUUCGACACAACACCCCCGCCCACUCUUUACAGCAUGAAGGCCGUUUUCACUCUCCUUUUCCUCGCCCUCCUCCCAGGCGUGCUGAGCGCCAGUCUUGCAGGGCAGUUCAAGGCAAAGGGCAAGAAGUACUUCGGAACUUGCGCCGACGCCGGAACGCUUUCAAACAGCCAAAAUGCUGCAAUCAUCAAGGCUCAGUUCAACCAGCUGACGCCCGAGAAUUCCAUGAAGUGGGAUGCGAUCGAGCCAUCCAGGAAUAACUUCAACUUUAACGGUGGAAACACGUUGGUGAAUUUUGCGCAAAGCAUGGGUGCAUUGGUCCGUGGACAUACCUUUGUGUGGCACAGCCAGCUCCCUAGCUGGGUCUCGUCGAUCUCCAGUGCGAGCACUUUGACCCAAGUCAUCCAAACCCACAUCAGCAAGGAAGGUGGUCAGUGGAAGGGCAAGAUCUACGCAUGGGACGUCGUCAAUGAAGUCCUCAACGAAGAUGGAUCUAUGCGCUCUUCCGUCUUCCAAAGGGUUCUCGGAGAAGAAUUUGUCUCGAUUGCAUUCAAGCAAGCCCGCAGCGUCGAUGGCAACGCCAAGUUGUACAUCAACGACUAUAACCUUGAUAGUGCUGGCUACAGCAAGACGCAAGGAAUGGUCUCGCGCGUCAAGAAGUGGAAGUCUGCGGGUGUCCCCAUUGACGGAAUUGGCUCGCAAAGCCACCUUGGGUCUGGAGGCGCCGGCGGUGUACAGGGUGCGCUCUCUGCGCUUGCUGGUACCGGCGUGUCAGAGGUUGCCAUCACCGAGCUUGAUAUCGCAGGUGGCGGAUCGAACGACUAUGUGACGGCCGUCAAGGCGUGCUUGGCUGUCUCCAAGUGUGUCGGUAUCACGGUCUGGGGUGUUAGCGACAAGGACUCGUGGCGCGCGAGCUCGUCGCCGCUGCUCUACGACAGCAGCUACAAGCCAAAGGCCGCAUACAAUGCCGUCCUCAAGGCACUCUCAUAA